UCUUCUCUUUUGGGUUGAAAAAUGAAAAACCAAAUGUUUAGUUCUUUGAGGAAAAUAAACAACAUGAAAACCCAAAAUUCAGCUCUUUGUUUCUAGAUUAAUUCCUCUGCAUUCUCACACAAAGCACCGCAAAAAUGGAAAAAAUCUGUCAAACAUGUGGAUUUGGAGUGAAAGAGUUCUCUAGAUACUUAAUUUAUUGUACCGAAUGUUGGGACACAGUUGAGCACAUAUAUUGUCUUGGCUUAUCAGCUGAUGAUAUUAGUGAAGAUUUCAGUUGGAAAUGCGAUUCAUGCCCAUCAACAGAUGAAUUACUGGCAAAAGUGAUAAAAUAUGGGGAUAAACAAGAUGAAAAGGUCGAAUUUGCUGGUAGUGGUCCAUUGAGAAUUUUAGAUUUUACUCUGGCUGAUGCUAGUGCAAUCCCGGUAGUAGGGCCAAUUUGGAGGGGAGUUUUCAAUACCAUUGGAAGUUUAUAUGUAAGUUCGAAAGGGCUCGAGGCGUUUAUGCCAAAGACUUCAUAUUCAAAAGUUGUCAAUAUUGUACGAUCAAUGCCACCCUCUAUUUUUUUCAGCAUGAAAGAGAGGUGCAAGGUUUGGCCUAAUGAUUUUGAUGAAUUGGGGGCUGCUGACUGCAAUAUUGGACUUUACAUCUUUCCUGAAUCUUCGAGCUUUUGUAACAGGACUGAGGCUGAUUACAACAAUUUGAUGGAGUACAUGAAAUCAAAUGACCUAGCCAUGACAGCCAAGAUGGACAACUUAGAGUUGUUGGUUUUUACUUCCUUUGAGAUAUCGGCUCCAGAGAAACGCAAAAUUCAAGGAAAAUACUAUCUUUGGGGGACAUUUAAAGAAAAAGAAUUUCGACAAGAAAGUCCAUCUAAAUGCUACCGGCCAAGUGCUGUUAAAAAUGGGACCAGCAAAGGUGUAAGAGCAGUGGACUGCCCAGAAGAAAAAACAGCCAGUCUUAGUGCCUCUUUAUCAACUAAAACUGGUGCUAUAUCCAAGCAGUGGAAAACACUCAAGAAGACUAGAAAUAAAAGGUCUCAUCUAAGGCGCAAUUGCAUACCACCAUUAAGGCCUGAAUGCAAGAGAGCUAGGAGUAAAAGAGGUAAAGAAAGGAAAGUGGUAUCAGGCAAUGACCAGAAAGCCACUAUGCUAUUUCAGACAUCCAACAAACAAAGCCUAGCUGAAACCUGCCCAAUUGUAGAAGCCCCUCAUCCAGAAGAAUGUCUACCUCGAGUUAAGAUAAAGAUACUUAAAACCACAACUGUUGAUGAGUCCUCUGUCAUUACUUUAGGGAAACAAUUGAGCACUAGUCUGCCGAAUGAUAUGAUUGAUUCUUCAGAGUACAUUAUAAAAUUGAAAUCCUCUAAAGUAGAUGAUACGUCAGCUGGCCAAGAUCCAAAAGAACUUGUUCCUCCUUUGACCACACUUACAAAAGAAAGAUCACAAAAUAACGAGACCUUGAAUAUAUGUGAUGUUUCCCGCUCUAGUCUUGGAAACCCUUUUGACUCAAAAGACAGUGGUGAGGAGACCAUUUCAGUUAAGCCAAUCAAAGGCCUAAAUUCCCAGCAGCAGGAAUCUAAUUGGUCUGCAACAGUCGGGGAGAGCAGAAUCAUUGAAGGAAAAUCAGCUGAGGCAGAGCAGCUGAACCAUGAAGAUGGUAUUAAGCUGCAUGGUGCAUUGCUUCCGAAUGAACUUUUGGAAUCCUUACAGCUUCAAGCACAAGACAGCAAUGCCUAUCUAGCCUCUAAUCCCAUGAAUAAAGCCUUUUUAUUCCUUUUGGUUGGUAAUCAAGAAGAUUCUGAGGUAAAAGAGACCAAUCCUUCGAGCAAUGGACAAAGCAAUCCUUGCUCCAAAGAUGAACCCUUAGCUGAUCAUCAAUAUACUGUUGGCAAAAAAGUUUUUCAUGAAAUUAAUUCCCCAGCUGAUGAUGGUCUACCAUGAUUUCCUCCCCUAGAAGAUCAGCAUGAGAUACCUCUUGAGAAAGGUUUAAGUACGACUCCCGUUAUUAUUGAUCUUGAAGAAGAAAAGCCCGAAGCAUUUAUCUCUCCAUCUGUUGCUCCUAUUGUAAUCUUGGAUCUUGAUGCUGAAGAAUCUCCCAAAAGUGGGUCUGAAAACUUUAGAGAGUCAAGUUUUGUGAAAAUACCAGCCUCCAUUUUAGAAAUUGCAGGUACUUACCAUGACAUCAGCUCAAAUUGUGUAGGAGCACAAGUUGGCCGGUACAACAUCAAAUCUGACUUGGCCCCCAUUCUUACAAAAAUUCUUGAAAAGCAUGGAGAUAUUGCUUUGGAUUGCAAAAUUGAUCCCAAGGUUCCAUUGGAGAACAUAUGCAAAGCUGUUCAGGACCUUGAAUCAGUCUGCUUAAGUGGCCUACGCUCCCAUCAUGUGAACCACCUAAGAAGUGUGCUGCAACUUGGUGAAGCUGUAGGGAUCAAUGUGAAAUGGCUCUGCAAGCGAUGUAACGACCUUGAGAAGCUUGCUUCUCAUCUUAGCCAGUACCCUACUCUAAAGAGUGAUCUGGCUCAUACCAAAAAGGAUAUCCAGCAUAAAGAAGAGAUGCUGAGUUCGAAAAGAACCAUGGAGGCAAACCUGCUACCGGAAAUCAAGUCACUGGAAGCAGAAUUGGAGUCACUGAAGGAAUACAAAGAGAAGUCAGUUUCUGCCUUGCAGUCCAUUACUUCAUUUUUUGGAACCUUCCAUGAUAAGUCUGUGGUGGAUGGACUACUUUAGAAACCCAGGUAGGUAGGUCCGUAGGUAGGUACAUUAUGUUAACAACUAACUAUUUCUCACAAUAGUCACAAACAUAUACAUGUUUUUCACGAUAUUAACAUGAAUGUAUAUUCUGUCUGCUGUUGUAAAGGCUAAUCCUGCAGUCAGUAUCUCUUUAAAUCUUCAAACUUUUGCACUAUCUUGUGACAGUUACUCCGCAUUUUAAUAACUUUUAAGUGAACCAACCCUCAGUAAUCAUAUUGGACUCCUGUACAUGCUGCAAACCUAUCUCCUUUCUUACACAUAUGGUACUUGUAAUCAGAACCAGUAUUGCAGAACUGUGGUUCGAAUCUCUAACAACAGACUUGUUUCAUUUGCUAGACGCUUACUGGUUUUUUAAUGUUAUCUCUUGGUAGUCAAUCUGGUAUCAGUUUCUUGUCUACAUCUACAUUGUACAUAUAUUUGAUAAGGAUUCCUAACUAUGCAUUAUAUGUUGAAUGCUAUACUGAUCAACAUAUAGUCUAACUCUGAGAUUGGUAAUUCUUUCUCAUUUUUGUUGUCAAAAGUUUUGCGUUAGUACUACAACACCUCUGACAGUGUAAACACGUAAAUGGCUCAGAUUUUGGAUAGAACUGAUUCUGUACUAUAGUAGUGGCAGCAACUAAGUUUAUUGGUUUAUAAUUUCUGAUCAAUUACGAAAAAUGAAUCAAUGAGAAGAAAUCAAUAAUUCCUAGACACAAAAAUCAUGUGUAAAAGAAGGCUAAUGUACUUCAAAUAUUCAAUUCCUGCUUAAUUGAAAUAAUCAAACAAGUCACAUAGUCAACUAUGUUUUUCGUACUACUCAAAAAAAAAAAAAAAAAAAAAUAAAUAAAUAAAUAAAAAUAAAAAAACCCAACACUAUCUUUUUCGUAACUUAUUUUUGUUUUUGAGUACAUUUUACCAAGAGAUUCACCCAUUACAUUACGAGUAACAUAAAGAACAAGGACUUUAUGAAGAAAUAAAAUGCUUUUAGUAAAGCUGGCAUUUUCUUAAUAAGUAUGCAGUACAAAAUUAGGGGAAUGGUAAGUGAACAUUCAUUGCUCAUAAAUUAUUGCUCAUAAAUUAGGCAAAAUGUAUGCCAAAAUCAACAUUUAUUGCUCAUAGAUUAGGCAAAAUGUAUGCAUUACAAAAUUAGGGGAAUGGUCCCCUCAAAAAAAAAAAAAAAAAAAAAAAAAAAAAAAAAAAA